AUGCUCAUUAUUUCGGAACCUGGCCGAAAUGUUUGGUUGGUAUGGCGAAAUUUACUCGAGGAAUCUAAUGCGCUGGCACUUUCGCGUCUUAGGGCAUCGGAUGCACAGAUUCGUCUUUCUAAUGAUCUGAAGCCUCUCAAAGCAAUUAGGACUUCUGUUAAUAAGAGAACAUUUGAGCAACUAAAAUCAUUACAGGGUGACCUUGCUGCGUGUCUUCAGGAAAUGAUUAAGGCGCAAAAGGUUUACAGUGAAGAGGAAAAACAGGCUCGUGAUUUGAGAGAAAAGGCCCUCAUUGCAGAAGAAAAAAUUAGGCACAGAUCCACAAAUAUUUUUAAUUCAAUGGCUCAUCUUCAUAAGACCUACGCGAAGGCAAGUCGUGUUCCUCAUCAUUCAGAUGGAUAG